AUGUCGAAACCUCGAAGAGUGAAGGUUUAUUUGCUCGAUGGAGACGACUGGUUGGACCAUGGGACAGGUUAUUGUGUUGGAGAAAUGGAGGAAGACACCAAGAAAGCAUACUUUACAGUGCGUAACGAAGUCGAUUCUGAUGAUAUAAUUCUAAAAUCAUGUCUUGAGGGUAACAUUCAGUACCAGCGACAACAAGAAACUCUCAUAGUGUGGACCGAUAGUUCAGGCAAAGACCUUGCAUUGUCGUUCCAAGAAACAGAAGGUUGUGCUGAUCUCUGUGAAUUCAUUAUCCACGCACAACAAGAGAACUAUAGUCCGCAAAUCAGUCUCUACUAUGUCAUCCCAAAUGUGGAAAGCACUCUGACUUGUGAUGUCACAGAGUUAAUUACCGGCCCUAUAUCGUACCCUCCCGACCCCACCCGCACCAACUUGGACGAGUGCCUUGAAGUCAUCAUCCGUGGCUCUUCCUCGCAAUUUUCCCGGUCCAAAAUCACAGACUACGUCAAGGAGAAAAAUUACUUGAAAUUGCUAAUCAACCUAAUGACUUCCAUCGAAGCAGAAAUGGACGAGCUGGGGUUCCUGGAAGCCAACGAGAACAUCACCGGCCAAACAGAAUCCAACGACUCCCAUCCAUCAAAGGUUUCCAUCACAACUACAUCCACCUCUAUAUCUGAUACCUCAAAGAGUACUUCCACCGUCACUGACAACACCGAAAUAAGCGCUGGAUCUGAAGUCGUCGAGCCUCCAGUAGCACAAUCUACCUCGAAUUCAAACUCAGGAAACACCACCAUGACCGAACAAAUACUGCCCUUCAAGCUUCUCAUUCUAAUAGCAGAGAUAGUUAAGACUUUAAUACUCUACAAUGAAGCGGGCAUAAUAGAGGACUUCACAUCAUCGGAAGAAAAAAUUUAUGGGCUCUCAGGUAUUCUAGAAUAUGACUCUGACCCUAAGGCUGACUACCGCGGAUUCCUCAGUGAUAAAACUAAGCUACAAAUGGUUAUCGACGUGCCAUGUAGUGAUGCUCAGCUUGGACUAUUUAAGCGAGACUUCUUUCUCAACUUCUUACGAGACGUGGCGUUACAGAGUUGCAUUGAUGAACAGGCUUUCAACAUAUUGUCCUCCAUAAUAUAUCUCAACCAGGUGGAAAUCAUACAAUUUUUGGUUGACAGUGAUAACUUUCUUCCCAAACUUUUCGAGUCGUACAAGGAUCCAUCGCUGGACGGUGAAAUACGACGAAAUGGGGUGAAGAUGCUACACCAAUAUGUGAUGAUAGCCAAAUCUCUUCAGACGCACCAAAAGUUGGACUUCUUUUCGGCUUUGGUUAAAUCGGGAUUAUUUUCCAUGAUUAGGUUUGCCUUAGAAGACGUUGAUAUUAACAUCAGAAUACUCGGCACAGAGCUCAUUGUGAUUAUUAUCGAGCAAGAUGUUUGUUUGGUAAACUCCAUAGAUAAAGAUGAGGCAAUAGACUUGUCAGAUCCUCCCAGCAAUGAUUUCGUGGAGGAAAAGGUCAUCGAGAAGGAGAACCAUACGCGCUUGAAACUAGCGGACGACAUGACGCUCAUUCAUAUACUAGUAAGGUUGCUUCUUAGCGAUAAGAAUGCUGGCUUGAAACUACAAGCUUUAGAGGCAUUGAAGAUGUUGCUAGAUACAAACAUUGCCGAUAGUGAUUCAUUUAAUGGCACCACUAAUGGCGAGAACGCAAACCACAUUGGUUCACGGGGUAUUCAAAAAGCAGAAAAGUCCAACGGUGAAGCGGCAUUUUCAAGAUUGGCCUCCAAUGGUACACAAUCUCCAACUUAUAAUGGGUCUAUCAACACCGCCAACUAUUUCUCUGCGUUUUAUUCCAAGGCAGCACCAGAACUAUUUGGCCCCGUUGUUGACCUCAAUCACAAAGCGGAUGCCUUUGUCGUCACCAGAGUAAAACUGGACGAACUUUUAUAUCAGCACUUGUGUGACUUGAUAACUUUUUGCUGGCGUGAGCACGAGAGGGCAACAUCCGCUGAAUUCUUUUUGAGCAACAAUGUCAUCAAUGGUGUUGCUAGAUUGAUCGGAGCGCCCGUCAAAAUAACAGUAAGAGUUGCAGCACUAAGAUGUUUGAAAAAUAUUCUUCUAUCCAAUGAGCUGGUUCUCUUUCAACAUAUUAUACGAAACAAGAUUCUCGACAACUACUUUGAAUUUUUCAAAAGUGUUGCCCAAAAAAAUAACUUGGCUAACUCCACAUGUCUACUGUUUUUGGACACGAUACACAAGCAAUGUGAUCGACGAUACAAUGCACACGAUAGGUCUGGAUAUAGACUGUUGGCAGUUUACAUUGUUGAGAAAUAUGAGGACUUUAUUCUUAGUCUUUCAUAUUUUGAAGCCGGAAAGGAACUUAUCAAGGUGAUUAAAAAAGGCACAGAAAACGGGUUUGUGGAUACUUCAGAGCCACAUACGGAAGUUACGGUCGAUUCGGAUGUGGAGAACUUGGCUACAGAAAACAACUGUCAAUACGCUACUCAUUCUAGUCCACCUGAGACUGUGCAAACAAGCAUGUUUCAACAUAUUGAAACGGAUAUGAGAUGUUCUCAAAUAGACAAACGUGGAAGAGAAUCCGAAGAUAAAGAAGAGAUACCUACGAAGGAACGCAAGUUGUCUAUUGGCGAACUGGUUGCAGUAGGUUCGGGUAGUUCCACGUGA